AUGAAGGUUUCAAGGGAAGAAAAAGAUCAUCGUCAUGGCUUGAACCCUGGCCACCGGCUAGUCCAAAAGGAGAGAGAAAGAAAGAAGGAAGGAGGGAAGUGGGGGGAGGGGGGAGGCAGGCUGAAGCGGAAGCGGUGGGAGAAGGACGCAGAUUGGAUGCAACGGUUGCACAAUUCAUUCGAGGAUGGCUAUCUUCCAACAGCAACGCCGCGCCCUCGUUGGCCCUGCCCUCCCAUCAGUCAAGCGGACCCUCCUGUGGACUGCAAGGCUCUCUCGUUGCCUCCACACCCCAUCAUUGAACUCCCUUGUACGACGUGCAUGGUGGGUGAGCUCAUUCUACCAUACGAUACCGUACACGAGGGCAUGAAGACUGGCUGGACCCGCCCGACUCCGGGCCUUGUUGGUAUCCGCAAUUCUGAAAAGCGCGCGACGCAUGAAGUGCUUCUAGCCGCGCUAGGGAUAGACAAGAGAAUAAUCCAUGGUGCGAAGAGGAUGGCCAUCUGCACGUCUGAUUGGGGCGGAUCUCUUUCCAACCCAUGCUGGAUACUGUCGGGGAUGAUGAAAUGGGUAGGGGUGGGUGUCGGGCCCGUGAACAUGGAAGUGAUGCGGGUGGAUUAG